GACAGCCGCUCUGACCGUCCCUGCUGGCCGUCUGCCGUGAGCGUCUCCGCCGGUCUCGGUACUUCGUUUUUCUCCCCGAGCGUCGCCUUUUUCACCUUGGAUCAUGUUCAAGAAGUUCGAUGAGAAAGAGAAUGUGUCCAACUGCAUCCAGUUGAAAACUUCCGUCAUUAAGGGUAUUAAGAACCAGCUGAUAGAGCAGUUCCCAGGUAUCGAGCCGUGGCUGAAUCAAAUCAUGCCCAAGAAGGAUCCGGUCAAAAUAGUGCGGUGCCACGAGCACAUAGAGAUCCUCACGGUGAACGGAGAGUUACUGUUUUUCAGACAAAGAGAAGGGCCCUUCUAUCCGACGCUGAGGCUGCUCCACAAAUACCCCUUCAUCCUGCCCCGCCAGCAGGUCGAUAAGGGAGCCAUCAAGUUCGUGCUCAGCGGGGCCAAUAUCAUGUGUCCAGGCUUGACCUCUCCCGGGGCCAAGCUCUACCCCGCCGCCGUGGAUACGGUGGUGGCGAUCAUGGCCGAAGGAAAGCAGCACGCCCUGUGUGUCGGAGUCAUGAAGAUGUCCGCGGAAGAAAUCGAGAAGGUCAACAAGGGAAUCGGGAUUGAAAACAUCCACUAUUUAAAUGACGGGCUGUGGCACAUGAAGACGUACAAGUGAGCCUCGGGAGAAGUGCGCCUGCGCUCCACGUGGACCUCGUGCGGGCGCUGUGUUUGUGCGAUGGCGCGAAGGCAGCACCUCGGGUUAGCAGUUCCACAGACGCUAAAGAAGAGGGCGGGAGUAAAGCUUUGGAACGAA